UUUUUGUUGUAAUGAAUUAUAGAUAACUUACUUCUGUACUUGUUGUAAAUAUCGCAAACAUCACAUACUUGUUUAGUUAUUUUGUGAAAUGAUUUAUCUCUGAAAUCUCUUAAACAACAAAAUGCCGAGGAGGAAAGCUCUUAAAGUUGUUGUAGAAGUAGAGUUUCAUGCGGUCACAUGUCCAGGAGUAUUUCUUCCUGCCAGAGAAGAGGUUUUCUUAAAUGUUGAAAUAUUUGGUCAAUUAAAAAGAACUCAAUAUCAUCCACCCGUUUUUCCUUUUUUAUUUCAUGAGAGAAUACGAUUCGAGAAAGUGUUUUGCCAAGCUACUGAUCCUAUUCAAGUUGCUCAAGAAUUAUGCUCUGAAUCUGUUAAUAUGGAACUGAUUCAACUUAGUUAUCCAGGUGGAGAACUUCUUGGAACAUACACAGAUAAUGCAAGAGAUUUUUUAUUUCCAACCCCCAAAGUUAGUCCAACCUAUCCUGGUGUAGAUAGAGAAGUUUUAUUUCAAAGAACUGCCUCAUUUCCAGGGAUUGCACCAAAACUUGAAUUUUCAUCACGAACAAUAAUAAAAGAGGUGACAUCAUCUGGUAAAUCUUUGGGAGACAAAAAACGAAAAGAACGUCAUUUAUCAGCACCUCAGCCACUUCUUGCAAACGGUGGCACAAUACCGACACAUAAGACAAAAACGAGUAGUGGUAUCCGCACUAAAACUUCACCUCAGAAACAGAGAAGUCCUGUUAAAAAAGGCAAAACGAAAAAAAACAAUUCAACAGAAAUUGGAAGAGGAAGAACAAAUCAACGAUCAAAGAGUGCCAACCGAGCAACAACAAUGUGGGGUUAUGAACAACCAACUAUUGCAUCCCGUGCUCGAUCUCCAUCACCAUAUACAAGAAGAAGAAUGGCAGAGUUGUCAAUCAACGAUCCAUUUGAAUCCGCAACCCGUGCAAAACCAUUCAAGACUGAGGUUGAUAGUAGACCAGAAUUCGUUGUUCGAAAGGUGCCAGAAGAUGCAUUAUCGUUAGAGCGAACUCCACCACCUCCAAGAUCACCGUCAUGUGAACGUAGGACACCCCAGUCGCGGAGUUAUACACCGACUAGAAAAUUGAAUUUAUCUCCGAGACAAAAUGGUAUGACAUCUCCUAGAAAUGGAUAUGGUAUUCAACUCAGUAACAGCAGUGAUGAUACCGACAGCAUAUCAUCAGAGUAUUCAGAUAUAGCAAGAUCGAAUUAUGUGGAGAGUUAUAGAACAGGAUACUUAGAAAAACCAAAGCCAUACAGACCAUGGCAGAGAUCUCCUAGUCCUUUUCAUUCAUAUACGCGAUACUUAUCUACAAAGCAGGACGCUCGCUUUCCAGAAGGCAGAUGUGAGGCAUUUAUCCCUAUCGGAGUACAUAGUCCGAGAACUAGAAGACAAUCAACUCCAAGGACAUCGCGUUUUAGUGAAGCUAGUCCUAUAACAUGCAGCGACUGUCCUUCUCCCUCUAAACCUAGAUUAAAGUCAUGUUUAGUGUCUCGGAGUGCACCGCCAACAACUAGAUCAUUUUCUAAGUAUAGUUCUGCUCGUGAACGCCGUAGAACGGCAGAAAGAAUCACUACAUGUCUUGAGGAUCUUCUCAGUGAAGUAAGAAGAUCUGAUAAAGGAAAGGAUAGCUUCGAUAAUUAUAAACAUAAUACGAGGAAGAAAUCAGGACUAGUCAGAUUUAAAGAUGGUUCUGGCAGUGACCUACACACUUCAAUGAGAUGUGGUCGAGGAACCCCUACUGGCAGUAGAUUGUCAUCGGCUCGUUCUAAUCCUUCACCCCAAGAACCAAGGUUUUCACUUGCUGAUCUAUGUACAGCCCCUACAUCAACUUAUGGAAGAGAGUCUUCAACGGUAACUCCAAGUUCAAUAUUACAUCGCACACCUCUUGAACAAAGAAUGAGAGGACAUUCUUCUCCUUAUGAAAAAAUCAGAGAUAGAGUUCGAGCUUUAUUGUCUUCACCAAGAGCGACACAAAUAGCAGAAAAUGCAAUGCAAGAAGGUCAAGAAAGAUAUCGACAAAGAAUGAGUAGAAGUAGGAGUCCAUCACCACCAAGAGUGUCAGUUCGUCUCAAUGAUAACGAAUACUGGAAUGAAAUGGCAUCAGUGUUUACCGGAAGAUCACAUCGUGCAGUUUUUGAAAAUAACUUGGAUAAAAUUUACGAUGACAUUUAUACUAAUCUAAAGAACAGCAAAUGAAAAGCUUGCUGACAGGCUAUUUUAGCAAUUAUAUUGUAAACGUAUUCACAAGUUUGUUUAUUUUACGAAAAUAUGCCAUCUCUGCAAGUACAGAUAUACUGCGAGACUCAUAUUAUAUUUCUAGUGGUUUGAUCAUUUCCAUCUAGCAUUCCAUGAUUCAAAUGUGUUUCAAAGAGAGAAGAAGUAUAAUCAGUACAUUUAGGAUUGAAAUAAAAUUAACAAUAUUCAAAAAAGGUAUAUCUUUAAGAACCCACGACAGUAUUUUAGUGGGGUAUGCUCAUUACUUUUGCAGUUAAAUCAUGAUUUAUGUCUGAUGUUACUUUCAUUUGUGAUGAAAAAUAGAGUAGUUGGGAAUGUGUCGAAUAGAAAUAAAUGGCAAGUUAGAAGUUUUGGUUUUCAAAGACAUAUUCAUGUGUAUUUGUUUAGAUUGACUGCCUAAGACUUAGCAGCUUUAGGUUACCCAAGUAAAGUGCUUCAUUUGCAAAACAACUCUGAUCUUUAUAAUUAUUUUUCAUUAGUCUUUGACUAGGACUUUUGAAUAGCCUCCCAAUUCAUUUAAUCCAUUUCAUGAUUUUUAUAGUAUCCGAAUGCAGUUAUCAAUAACAUCAUCAAAUUAUUCCGCUCGACAUAGAUGAGCACCAUUUUAAUUGAGGUGAAACUAAAGAUCGUCAAUAUCUUGUUCCACUCAGAAUUUACCUGUCAGUCCUAGAAAAUGUCCAAUUUAUCCUAAAUAGCUUACUCAAUUUUAUUUAUCUUUUGUUAAACAUUCAGCUUUUCUCAUUCGAUUCAUUUAUCAUUUUAUCUUAUGCUUGUAGUAACACUGAUAUACGGUAGGUAUUCAAUUACCUUAAAUUUUUUUUAUUCUGUGGAAAUUUUUUUCAAAAUUAGACAAUUUUAUAACAGUAACAUCUUACACUGUGCCCAAAACUAGACCGAAUUAUUCUAUAUUUGUAUAAUUGUUGUGUGUAUUGUAAUUUUGUACAAAGUCAACGAAACUAAAUUCAAUGUUAGCUCUUGCUUUUAUAUCAGCGAUGGCAAAACAAAAUAAUCAAUCUACUGGUAGUACACAAACAAUAUUUCUAAAUUCUGAUGGGGGGAAGUUGAAAUAGCCAGUGAUUUGAUUGAUUGAUUUGAUAUUUAACAGGUUCCAGAAAUCAAAUGAAGGCUUUUUCUUCAUGCUGCAAUGAAAAUCUUUCCGAUAUAACUCUCAAUUAAUAUAAAUCUAAAUUAUUCAAGGAAUCAAGAAUUUGAAAAGAAUUGAAUGGUAUUAAUUUCAAGUCAAUUCAAAUGUUUAAUUGGGCAUGUCUGCACAAUUAUGUUUCGUACCAUUUUCACAGAUAUGGGGUCUUAGAUGAGUGGUGUAACGGUUGUUGGUCAUGGUGACAAUUCUUAUAUGUGAUUACUGUUAUUUAUCUUAAGUUGUAGUUUUAGUUAGAGUCGUAUGAAAUCCAAAUCAAAUGCUUAAAUUUGCUGCCAAGAAGUGAGUUCAAAAGUUAAAAUUUCAGAAUAUUUUUCAAAUAUUGAGAAUUCACUUUUUCUUGAAAAAAUACCAACAUAUGUUAUGUUGAUGCUACCCUGGAAUCCUAAAAAAAAAAAUCUUACUCAAAAAAUGACUCCAGCUUCGACUUCUGACUCACAUUUAUAAAACUUUAGGACUCGGGCUCCUGUCUCCAUGUUCAAAAAUAUAAUUUCAUCCCUUGACUAUGAAAAAACAGAUUGCAAUCUCAUAGGUUUUUACUUUACUAUGGCUCUUACAAAUGUGAUUACAGAUGGGAUUUAAUUAACUAGUCUUAAACCAGAGCGAAUAAAAUUUGUAAUUAUUUUGUAACUAAUGUAACUAUUUUGUAAUUAGUGUCUCACCAACAGUAAUUGCCUUUGCUUAUUUUGUUGGAGUGCUUGCUAUUAGAGUAAUUGUAGGAUGUUUUUGUCAUUUGUUAUUAUUUUAAAAAAUGGUUUAUAUUUUUGUGUUAUUUUAUAACUUCAUAGAUUUAUCAAUGUUUUAUACUUAUGGCUGUCAGUCAUUGUCAUUCGUAUGUACAAAGUCUUAGAUUUGAAUAUUUUUUAUGUUUCAAAUAAGGUUGGAUUUUAUCUAGUUUUUUACUCAUAAAGUGAUAAUCAAUUUACCAAACGAUUUAUCGACUCAUAUUUGAUAACCAGCUUCUGAUUAUGGAUAAUUCGAGCAAGCCGUUUCAAUGUCCAUUUUAAUAAAUAAUUAACUCAAAAUUCAUUUUUGUAACCAGCAAAUUUAGUACAUCUAUACGUAAUAAAUGGUGAAGGACUGAAAGCAGAGCUGAUAGUUGAUAAUCAUAUCUAAUUUUUACACAUUGUAUAAAAAAUAGUUUAUUCACAACUCCUAUUAUGGAGUAUAUUGAAGUACGUACUAACAAAAAAUUUUACUAUAAUGCAAGUUGAUAACCAUAAAAAAAUACUACCUGUUGAAUGCGUAUGAGAAGAAAAAAUGCUAGUCAACCUUUUUCAAGUAUUGACUAUCACCUCAUUCAGGGUGUAUUGAAUUCGGUAGGCAUGUCAAGGCAGAAAAAUUCUCCUUUCCAAAGUUGCUAUCUCCCUUUCAUUACAAUGGAUCUUGUUAGGAGUCCUGGAAAAGUGUCGCAUAAAAA